CUCAUGGAGGAGCAAGAGCAAGGAAACUCUUCUUCUCCUUUUUGUCUAAGUAUAAGAGCUAAUCAAGGAUGGUGGCCAUACGCAGUUACCUAUACAGUUUUGUUUGCUACUGGCCUCCUCUCACUCUCUCUUAUUCUGACACUGACCUCUGUUUCCUUCAAAUUCAAUAGAAUGACUAUGCUAGCUAAUUCAAAGAUAGUCCCUCUCUUUGAUCUGCUCUUUGACCCGCAGAGUAUGACAGGGAAAGUUCACUUUACUCUUACCCUAGUCUUCAAUACAACCUAUAUCAGCAUAAUGCUCUGGCGCUCUUCAACCCGUCCCCUGUAUGAUUGCAGCAUUGCUGAUUCCACUCCAGUUUACUUGAUAGUAGAGACUCUAUCUUCAUGCUAUCUUAUAAUAAAUUCUAUUGCUAGACUAAUUACAGCAAAGCAUAGAAUAAUCCGGUGGAUAUCUCUUCUCACUCUCGUUGAUAUUUUCACUCUCUCUCAUCCGUUUAUCUCUUUAUUGUGCGGCUACGACUGGUUGGGUCUCAGAGCUCUAAGGUUUCUGUGGUUAUUCGAGGCAUCAAAAGUCCUCAAGGCUCUACCUGAUACUAUUAAUUCUGAAGACAUUGUUAAGAUUGCAAAGAUAGUAAGUCGUUUCAUUGGAGUAUGGCUAUCAUCUAGCGGCAUGAUACAGCUAUUGGAGAAUUCUGGUGAUCCGUGGGAUGCUGUAUCUGAUGAGAUGACAAGCAUGAGCUUCUGGUCUAGCACAUACUUCACUAUGAUCACUAUGACUACUGUGGGUUAUGGUGAUGUUACUGUAGGCAGUGAUUGUGGUCAAAUGUUUACAAUGUUCAUUAUUGUUCUUGGGUUUGUACUUUACAUGUUUUCAUUGCCGACUUUACUGGAAAUUUUAUUGGGAACUCAUCAAUCAUCAAAGUUUCGUCAAAGCUACAAUAACCUUAUUAAACAGGAAGGUCUCGUCAUUGUUGUGGGUAGCAUCACAGAGAAAAACGUUAGCUGUUUCCUCAAAGAGUUACUUCAUCCAGACAAACAAGGCAGACCGACAUUUAGUGUCAUCCUUCUUCAUCCUUCAUUUCCCACUCCUGGCCUCAGUUCUAUUCUUAAGUCACACUAUACACGUGUUCAGUACUAUCAAGGUUCUGCUUUAAAUUACAAUGAUCUAAUGAGAUGUGGCCUGUCUAUAGCCAAGUCUGUUAUCGUGUUAGCUGAUAGUCAUUGCUCUAAUCCCAUCAAAGAGGAUAAUGCUAAUCUAUUAAGAGUUGCUUCUAUUAAAAACGCACUCUCCUCCAUCCCAAUAAUCCUUCAGCUACUAAUGAAUGACAGCAAGAAACUUCUUAAAUGUUUACCUGGCUGGGUUCCAGGUAGAGAUGUUCCACUGUGUUUAUUUGAGUGUAAGCUGAAGAUACUUGCUCAGACGUGCAUCACUCCGGGUUUCUCUACUUUAUUAUGCAAUCUGUUUUUUGCUACUGGACUCACCAGUAGUGGCAUGAAAUUGGCAUCGUCGCAUAAUUCAAUAUGGAGAGAGUUAUAUGCUACUGGUGCUUGUAAUGGUAUUUGCUCUGUUGUACUGUCAGUGUCAUUCAUUGGAAUGAGAACUGCUGAAGUUGGUCGUAUAUGUUACGAGGAGUUAGGUCUAACACUGAUAUCAGUUGGUAAAGGAGAGAAGAUCAUUCACCAAGGUUCGAUUGGUUAUUUUAUUGCUAAUCAUUUGGUUGAUAUACAAGUUGUCCAUUAUUAUUGUUUCAAGUGUCACAGUGGCCGAUCUAGGAAUUUAUCACCUUGCUCCUGUCACAGUCCUCAAGGACAGGACAAGACGAAUGAAACUUUUUCAUUCAUUGAUGAAUCGUAUACCUUUAAUGAUGAUUUAUGUCAAAUUACUUCUCCUCCUACAUGUCCAAUCCAGUCUCCCUACUUCCCUCCACCCACGUCAUUAAAUGAUCAUAUUGUUGUAUGUGUGUUUGCCAGCUCUGACUCAAUGUCAAUCAGUUUGAUGUCUUUAUUUGGUCCAUUACAACAAGCAGGAGACACAGAGCAUUCAAUUGUAGUUGUGUCUAAUCCAGAUUACUUUGAGAGGGAAUGGAGUGGACUAGAGGACACGACUCACAUAUACUUUGUACCGGGUCAUCCUUUGGACUCUGCUACUUUGUCUGAAGCUCAAAUUGAAAGCUGUUCUGUUUGUAUCCUGUUAACAGGAGUAGCUGUGAACGAGCAAGACAACUGUCAGGAACAUGGAAUUGAAGAUAAUGAGGUUGUGCUGUGUGCACUUAAACUACGUCACAAGUUAGGAGAGAAGGUCUCCAUUAUAUCAGACUUAGCAAUCGAUAGUAGCAUACACCUACUGGAUGGCAGCUCUCAAUCAGGUUGGCCACCACAUUUAUCUGAUGCUUUUGCCCUUGGUCAAGCAUUCCUGCCUUCUGUAUUUGAUUCAAUAACUACAGCUAUACUUUAUAAUCCAGACAUCAUGUGCCUCCUGGAAUCACUACUUAAUCUUAAACCACCACAACAAGAUAUGUCGACAUCAUUACCAUCUCUCAAUCAAUCCAACACAAAGAUCAUCCAAAUAUCAAUGCAGUCGGCUGAUUAUAGGAGAUUCAGUGGAUUACAAUACAAAGAAUUGUAUGUACACAUGACAGCAGAGGAUCUCUUAUGUCUUGGAAUAUACAGACAAAAGCAUCAAGGCUCGUAUCAGCGUUUUAUGAUUGCCGCUCCACCUCAUGAUGUCAUACUGUUUCAUGAUGAUGUUGUUUUGGCUGUUUUGCUUUGCUCCGAGUUGGAAAGUUUGUUGUCAGCAGUAUAGUGAUUCUGUUUGCGUAAGCAACUGAAUUGUUUGAAGUGAUUACAUUCAUCACUUAAUCAAUUGGCAUAUGCACACACAAGACUGGAUCACUUAUGAUUAUUAUCGAAAUUGAUGUAUAAAAUUGAUUUUAAUUGAUAUCACUCAAAGAACUUAUUAUACAGUGAUUGACAUAAAUUAUAAUAAUAAUAAUAAUAAUAAUAAUUGAAAUUUAACGUCUUUUCAAUAUACAUAAAAUGAUAUCAUAAUAAUAAUAUUUAUAUAAUACACAAAUUAAAUUUACUUUAAACAGAGGCUGGAAGGACAAAAGAAAAAACUAUAAACACUUUGCAUAAAAAGAGAGAGAAGGUUGACAACCAUUAUAAUAAUAAAUUUGACAAUAAAUUCUCAUUAGUAAUAAUAUUGGUUGGGAUGAAUUAUACAAUAAAUUACAGCUUUGCCAAAAAGUGGGGAAAGGGGAAAAUGCAAGACAUAAUGUGAAUGGAUGAAUGAAUGAGGUGGGUAGAGAAAGAGAGGAAAAAAGAUUCAGAAAUAAUGCAUGAUAUGCUAUAUCGUAAUUAUGAAGCUUCCUGUGUAUAGUAUAGAUAGUAUAGAUAGAUAUUUGUUAUUCUCUCACUUGAGGGGAAGACUUUGUGAUUAAAAAAAGAGAAUAGUAGCUGAAUGGAAGUGAUUUAAAAUACAUAAGAACUAACGGGACAGACCACAACAAGCAAGUGAGACAAAACUAGACUGAAGAAAUAAAAUGAUGACUAUAGGAUGCUUCAAUUCUUUGUUGUAAUAUAGAGUCCCUUUCAUGUCA